AAGACAUGGUAAAUUUAAGAGACCUGAUAUUUCAAGAAAGAGAUAUUGAACUACGUGAAGAUCCAACUAAUAAUUCUGAUCAUAGCAUUAAAAGCAGCAGUAGCAUUAAUAUAGAUUUUGAUUCAGAAAGUUUUGUUGACUCGGUUUUGAAUACUGAUUUAA